UAAACUACGAGAUUACACUGCAGAGAGACUCAACGAAGGCGAUUUAAACGAUGAAAAAUUCAGACAGAUCUUUGUUCGGGAACUCGAUGAUAUUAAAUCGAAACUCGAUGGUUUGUCGAGAAAAGACCUGCUUGCCAGUCUCAGCUCUUUCAAAGAAGGAGUUACCAGGUUGUUUAUUUCACUCGAGACAUCUGGUGAAUCUCGUCAUCAGCCCAGUACUUCAAAAGCACCCAUAGAAGACGAAUCUGAA